ACAUAGCUUUAGUUUCCUCAGUGUUGUUUCACAGUUGAAAUGUUCUAACUCUGAGACUUGAUCAUGUAUGUGCUGAAUUGCUUCUCCAUCCACCUGCUGCUCCUCUUCUCCUCUCUAUCUGAAGUGGUUGAUUCCUCAGAUGAAGAUUUUGCACACGAUGAUGCUUGGUGUGGGUUUAGAUCCAGAGACUUACAUGAUAUGGAGUAUAUUAUAGAGCAUCAUUUUAACAAGAUCAUGGUGGCUCAGUACAACAGCACCACAGAGAGGUGGACAGGAUACACAGCAUGGGGAGUGAUAUCUGCAGAAAAGUGGAAUGAGGACCCAGAUGAGAUCCCCAGGAGGAGAACAGAUAUGGAGGUGUUAUGCAAGCCAUAUGCUAAUCGGAUCUACAACACAACAGAUAUGUAUAUGGUGGAGCCCAACGUCACACUGAGGCUAGAGGGGCCGUCCAGCGACUCCAGCCUUGUGUGUAGCGUCCACUUCUUCUACCCCAAACACAUCAGAGUGACGUGGCUGAGGAACGGCCAGGAAGUGACCUCAGAUGUGACCUCCACUGACGUAAUGGCCAAUGGACACUGGAGCUACCAGAUACAGUCCUAUUUGAAGUACACACCCACAAUUGGAGAGAGAAUCACCUGUAUGGUGGAGCACAUCAGCCAGACUGAGCCCAAAUUUUAUGACUGGGACCCCUCCUUGCCUAAGUCUGAGAAGAAUAAGAUAGUGAUCGGGGCCUGUGGGCUGCUGCUGGGAGUGGUCUUUGUAGCAGCUGGACUGACCUACAGGAUGACAUCUACUGGAUGGCUGUUCGGUCAUAUUGGUUUUCGUGAUUAUGGGACCGUCAACUAACGUGAAUUCAACGUGAAAUCAAUAACAAAUGUCACCAUGUCAUUGCAUUUAGGUAAAAAGUUGGG